AUGCCUCCUCGCGGCGGUCCACAACGCGGCAGCGCGCCUGGUGGCGCUCGAGGCAGCGGACAGACCCCACGUGGAUCGGGUCCUCCUCGCGGUGGCCCUCCUACCCGUGGUGGUCCUGCUGGUAGAGGUGGACCCGCGGGCCGUGGCGGCACAACUGUCGGGACUGCCUCAUCCGUGGCCUCUCACGUCGAAUCCAUCGGCGUGAAGCGUCCCAACCAUGGCGGUACAGGGCGCGUUAUCACGGUCAUCACCAACCACUAUGCAACGGAUAUCCCCGACUCUAAGAUUUACCAUUAUGAUGCCAUCGCGCCGUCAGAGAAGACUCUUCCGAUCAAUCUGUGUUUCGAGAUUGUGAAGAUACUUCAAAACGAUGUCGCGCCAACCGUGUUCACUCCGCGUGGCGCAUACGACGGGCGCAAAAACAUGUUUUCCUCCCAGCGCUAUGGCUUCGGCGAGACAGAUACAGCUACUUUUGAUGUCGUCCCGAAUAUCGCGAGCUCAUCUGAGCCUCGCAAGGACGGGAAAGGCCCCAAGGUCUACAAGGUGACCCUCAAGAAGGUUGCUGAGAUCAACCCGGAGGUACUCCUGCGGUUUUUGCGGGGCCAGCAGACGAUGGAUAAUAGUGUGCAGACGGCCAUGACCGCUCUGAACGUUACAAUUCGCAUGGCGCCUUCUUUGCAAUACCCCUUCAACGUUCGCUCUUUCUUCACGAAUGCCGAGACAAGCGACAUCGGUGCCGGCAUAAUCCUCUGGCGCGGCUAUUUCCAGUCAAUUCGCCCCGGUGUCGGCCGUAUGUUCACCAAUGUUGAUAUCUCUACAGGCGCCAUGUAUAAGGAUGGCACACUCCUCGCCCUGUGCCUUGACCAUCUGGGCCAAACUGAUCCGAAACGCCUGUCACCAAGACAUGGCUUGCCGGAUCGUCUCCGCAUUCAACUGCAGAGAUUCAUUCAGAAUAUAAGGGUUGUGACAAAUCACGGAAAAGCUCCUACAUCUGGUACUCGUCGCUCGCCACGCACGGUCAAGAAGCUUACCAAAGAAGGCGCGCGCGAUCUCGUGUUCCAGACAGAGACCGGAUCCAUGACUGUCGCGGCUUACUUCCAGGGCGUUCUGAACAGGCCACUACAGUAUCCUGAUAAUAUAUGCGCUGAAUUGGCUUCUGGUGCACUCAUCCCUCUCGAGCUCUGCCUCGUUCUUCCUGGUCAGAUCAUUCGUAAGCAACUCCCGCCGGAGAAAACCAAGGAUGUUCUGGAUUUCUCCACCAAAAAGCCUGCCGAACGUCUGGCUAGCAUUCGCAGAGGGCUCUCUGUGCUAGCAUAUGGACAGUCGGAGUAUGUCCGCCAAUUCGGCAUCAACAUCAGCCCGGACCUUCACUCGCUCAAGGCUCGGGUGCUCGAGGCACCGACACUACAAUACGGCGUGCAUUCUAAGCAACGCACGAUUCGGCCUCGUGAUGGGGCAUGGAACAUGAUUGAUAAGAAGAUGUACCUGCCUACGGGCAAAAUUGACGAAUGGGUGAUGGUGGUUUAUGAGCAACAGAAGCGUUUCAACGAGAAUACCGCCAUGGAGGUAGUCAAAGGACUCAGGGAGGCCGCAGCCUCAGUAGGUGUACCAAUCGGAAAGAAUCCCGCACUUCUUGAAUACCCGCCUUCGCAGGGCAAUAUCGUCGAGCAACUGGUCACGAUAGGCGGGAGAUGCCGCACCAAGACGGGAAAGAUACCGUCCCUCUUCCUGGUCAUCCUCCCGGAGGCUGGCAAUGAUAUUUACGCCGCUGUCAAGCAUUUCGGUGAUGUUAAGAUGGGUGUCCCAACGCAGUGCCUCAAAUCUUCCAAAUGCUCACGCGCGAGGCAGCAAUACUUCGCGAACGUAUUGCUCAAGCUCAACGUGAAGCUUGGUGGCAUCAACACUGUGCCUGAGCCGCGCUCUGUCUCUUUCCUCACGGAUCCUGCCCAGCCAACACUCGUUCUUGGUGCCGAUGUGGUCCACCCCGCUCCAGGCUCAGAGGGUCGUCCAUCGUUCAGCGCGGUAGUCGGCAAUGUUGACAGCGACUCUGCCAAGUAUAUCGCAACCAUGCAGGUACAGGAAUCGCGCGUUGAGAUCAUCCAGGACCUCCAGUCCAUGGUUACUCAUAUACUCAAGAUGUAUAUGGGGUACCAGAAAGGUGUCGAGAAGAAGGCGCUGCCUGCGCCAAAGCGUAUCAUCUUCUACCGCGAUGGUGUCUCAGAGGGCCAGUUCUCGCACGUUCUGGAGCGUGAGCUACCGCUCAUCAAGAAAGCAUGUGCCGACCUCAGCGUGAAUGCAAAGAUUACCAUGAUCGUCGUUGGCAAGCGGCACCACGUCCGCUUCUUCCCCUCCAACCCCGGCGACGCCGAUCGCUCCGGUAAUUGCCCAGCAGGAACCGUUGUGGACACAGACAUUGUCAAUCCCGUCGAGUUCGACUUCUACCUCCAGUCACAUGGUGGUUUGCUCGGCACGUCGCGUCCGGCGCACUACAACGUUCUUUACGACGAGAAUGGCUUCCAGGCAGACGGCUUGCAGUCUCUGACGUUUGCGCUUACGCAUGUAUACGCGCGCUCGACCCGCUCGGUCUCUAUCCCAGCCCCCGUCUAUUACGCCGACAUUGUUUGCGCACGUGCGAAGCACCAUUACGACCCUGGCGCCGGCCUCGAGCUCACGCAGACGAUGUCAGAAACGGCUGACAAUUCGGAUGCUCAGCAUCAGGCGCUCGAGGCUUUCCGCGCCGGGUUUAGGCCCGUGCACCCGACCAUCUCGCAGCUAAUGUAUUUCUGCUAA